GUAAUCAUGCCUUUUUGCAAACGGACGAUACUUCCGAAGGAUGUGUGCAAGCCCGACGGCAGGAGGCUGCUGCUGGAGGCGCGUCCGCGGCAGCAGGCGGAGGUUUUCGGGGACUUGGCGGACGUGUGCGGCUUCACCCUGUGCUCGGUGCUCCGGCAGCUCUCGGAUCUGUCCCGGCACUCGGUGAGCAUCCUGCAGGAGCUGGAGGGAGAGCUGGUGUCCGUGUGCCACCGGUCGGGCGCGCUGGAGGGCAGAGUGGUCCGGCUGCAGAGGCACGUCGCGGAGCUGGUCAGCAAGCCUCCACCAAGAACCACCAGCGGUCUAGAGGCGGAGAGCGGCAGGCGCGGCGGCAGCAGCAGCAGCCACGGCGACGGCAACCACAGCAGCAGCAGCGGCGGAGGAGGAGGCAGCAGCAGCAGCGGCGGUGCGGCCCACUUCAGGUCUCCAUGGCAACAGAGCGUGAACGUGUUCGGCUCGUGGAGCAGGCCGGAGUGUGUCGAGGAGCUGCACCAGCAGGCGCAGCUCAACCUCCAGAGCCUGCUGCAAGACUUUGAGGAGCAGUUGUAUGAUACCAAGCUGACCGGUCAGACUUUCCGGCAUCCGUCCUCGCAGAGCUCCGACGACACGUCCACCUCGCUCAGCCGCUCGCCCAUCUCCCUCAACAACAAGAGGCCUGACUUCAUCUUCCUGCCGGCGUCCAAACAGCUCUACGACGAUGAAACCACCUCCUCAGUGUUUGGACUGAGGUCCGUGACUGACCCGUCUCCCUCCCCAUCCCCCUCACCCUGCGGCUCAGAUCGCCCCCCGCUGGGUUGGAGUAGUAACAACAGCAGCAGCAGCACCGCCACUUCUGCUACUAUCGGACCGCCCGUCGCAGACAAACCACGCUGGCAGCUCGGGAGACGCACACCGGGGCACUUCAUACCGCUCGACACCACAGGUGAGGGGAGAGGAGGGAAAUUCCACGGUGUCGACCUCCUCCAGCACUCCCCGUCCCCAUCCCCCUCUCCAGGGGACACCUUCCCCCACCAACCCCGCUCCCUGGAGCCUGUCACGGACACCCUCCACCAGAACCUCCCCCUGAGGAAGACACACUCUGACCUCGACACAACCUUACCUGCAGUUAACACUUUGGAGCAGCGUGUCCCAGACCAACUUCACCCAGGGACUAUGGACCACUCUGGGCUACUGUGCUCAAACACACCCUCCGCAUCCUGGAACGGACCUAAGGGCUCCACUUUUUCUCCCGGAGCGUGGAACGAGCCUUACAAAUACAGCACGAAUAAAGGCCCAGCGGUCCCACCCAAACAGCACACCAUCAUCGGUAAUGCAGGAGGAGGGGCGCAGGACGGGGUGAUGUUGGUGAAUUCGGGACAAUCAGUGAGCUCACAUUCCAGUUCAUUCACGUCUGUGACGAACCCUUCUGGGAGAGGAGGGAAUAACAUGCCAGGGAUUUCACUGGCAACAGCGAUGAUGGGGCAACGGAGCGAGACGGAAGGGGCUCCAGCAGAUGGAGGGAGAGGAGGAGGUGGUGGAGGGGGUGUAGGGGAGUCCGGGAGAGGGCGGGAGAGGUCGGCACGUUCCAUAGCAGCAGCAAACGCUUUCAAGUUCCGGGAGCGUUCGCUUUCUACACCCACGGAUUCUGGUUCCUUUUGCUUUACAGAAGGUGGUUUAGACCAACCAGAUGGGAACGUCCUGUCUACAGGGAACGGUAAUGCCAUGACAAUAACAGACCACCAACAUCAGCAUCACAACUUCCUGGGUUUGGGUGAGAACUACGCCCUUCUCUACCCAAGAGGGAGCUCUGAAGACAGUGCCAGUACCACAGACACAAUCUCUGUCACAGCUUCAGACUACAGCACUGAUGGCCGUUUGCGCCUACGCUCGCGAUCCAUCUCGCUUAAGAAAUCAAAGCGCAAGCCGCCACCUCCUGUGAGGAGCGUCUCUCUUAUGAAGAACCUCGGUGAAGCUGAGGGGAGAAUCCACCAUGAAGGCGCUCUUUACCGGGAUGGCCGGCCAAAAAGCCUGCACAUUCCCAGGGACCACUUCCCAGACUUCCAGCCUGAUUUCCUCCUGCCCAGCUCCUCCAAACCCAGUGUUGCUGAGCGGGAGCUGGGUCAUGGAGGCACCGAUGGACCUCCUAGCCUAGAGGUCCAGGCUCCAGAGAGGGAGGGAGAGACAGAGCUGACCUUCCCCACUCACUGGCAGCUGGGGGAGUGGAAGAAUGACCCUUACAGGUCUCUAUCAGGCUCCAGCACAGCAACAGGUACCACCGUGAUUGAAUGUAUGAAAGUCAGAGGCAGCUCGGAGUCCCUGCUUGAUUCGCCCUCCACCUCCAGAGCCACGUCCCCCUCACAGCUCUCCAUGGAAACUGACACUAAGGCAUCCUCGCCCUUCAAACCCCCAGGACUUAUGUCCCCAUCAAGUGGCUAUUCCAGCCAGUCAGAGACUCCCACCCCAACUGUCCCACUUGGUCAGGGGACAGUAGGAACAACAGGGACAGCUGGGACAUUGGGCUGUAAGUUGCGUCCGAAGAUCCCAGAAAGGAAGUCGUCGCUACCAUCGCCUAAGGACCCAGCUGCAAGGUCAAGAUUGUCCUUUGAGAUGCCUGGAAAUGCACAUCUGGAGCUGUCAUCAAUCAAGCCAAAACAAAAGGCCAGCAGACGACAUUCUGACACCUCGACAGCAGCAAAACCGGGAAAAAUCAGUCCCAGCUCAUCCCAGGCAUUGCCUGUGGUCACCCAGAAUGAGCUCAAGACUAUUCGGCUUCGCUCUGUUUCUCGUGGUGACUUGGAGGACUGUCCUGAUGGGGCGUCUGACACCAUAGAAGAAGAACAGCAUAACCGAGACCUAGGCGAGGAUCCCAGUCCGCCACCCACCCUACCAAAACCCAAACCACCUGUCGCUGUCAAGCCGCCGUUGCCCAAACGGCCCCUAAAUCUCCUCCUCAAGUCUCCUUCCCCCUCCUCCACUUCCCCUCUAGCCCUUGACUCACCUCCUGCCUCACCUGUGGACCGGCCUGUACCCCUGGGCAACAUCUACAAGGUCAUGAAAAAACCGAAACCCAAAAAACCUCCACCACAAACAACAAGUCCCUCCACUCUCCCAGAUUCAACCACCGUUCCACAAACUGCCUAUGAUCAUCAAUUUCUCCCCCACUCCCAGUCACUCUUUGAUCUGCCUCCUCUCCCGGACCCCCAGCCUCUGCUGGAAGACCCAGCAAUGGAGCCUGAGUUUGACGUCGACUCAGAGACCUGUCUUGGUUCCGGGGAAGGAGGCUCCCUUCCCUCUCCCUGCAGUAACCAGGACACCCCGGAGCUGCAGGACAAGAGUAAGACGCUCCCCUCAAGGAUGACAAUCUCGUGUCUGGCAGAGCUGUCGGACAAAAAGAAACCCAAGGUUCCACCUCCAGUCCCCAAGAAGCCGAAUGUCCUGCUUCUUCCCUCAUCGGUCCACUCCUCCACCAAUGGUAGCACAGAACGUCAGACCCCACAGGCCGACAGCCCAGUGGGUCUUCGGUCUCCUGAAGGAGCCUUUCCACCAGAGGAGUUUCCCAGUUCUCCUAGUGUUCCCGAUAUGCUAGAUCAAGACGAGAACCACUUGGAUGACAAGUCAGAAGAGGAGAGUUCAAAAGAGUCAUCACUUCAAUCAUCUCUGCAGGAUUCCUCUCUUACAGAACUGGGAGGGAAAAUGGCCAGCACUGGGAUUGGGGCAGGUAUGUAAGGGUCACAGAUAUUAGAAAAGACGGUACUGCACAUCGCUGAGGAAACAGAUGAUGACUUGUUGGCCAGCACACCUGCAACACACACCACUGAAGACCUGUUCACAAUUAUUCACAGGUCCAAGCGAAAGGUUCUAGGUCGUAAGGAGCCAACGGACUCCUUUGGCAGCCGCCAGAGCCUGGUGUCCCCAGUGAAGCACAGCACCAGUGGUAGUGACCUCCGAAACCUGACCUUAGGCAGCAGUCAGAGGUCGAGUUCCCGCAAUGAGAACUUCAUGGCCCUGCUUCAGAAGAAAGGCAGCAAGUCUUCCAGCGGAGGGGCCAGAGUCUCUGCUAUGGAGCUUCUCAAAAGCACAAACCCUCUGGCAAGACGGGUCACAGAGUUUUCAACCACUACAUCGAUGUCCAGCGAAGGAGGAGAUGCCGCAUCCGGGAAUGGCAAACCCAACGAUCAAUGAACGGUAGUAUUGUCAACGGAUGUUAUCCAGGUCCAUUUGCUGUUGAUAAAGCUACCAACCAAUCCUACAAUGUGCCACCCACUGCAGAUGGGGCCUUCUAACUAACAGGUCCAACCAGAUUGCUCCAACUACUGAUUGACCAUUUGCACUGUCCAAUCAAAUUGGAGCACAUUUUUGGACAAAAUGGUCCCUCCCAUGGUUGAAGCACUAUUGUUCCUUGCCAAACCGGUCCCUCUAGGAGAGCAAGAAAUCUAUGGAGAGCAAAGUUUGUUCUCACUAUAUUUUCAAUGAAAGGUGAAGGCUUAAUGCUUCAACACUGCACUGUUUUUUCCUCAUUGGGGAUAUGCUCAGUGUGGAGGAUGCAAAGAUGGAUGGGUGGAGUAGACAUAGGGAAUAUAAGGAUAUGCAGUGGAUAUCUUUAUUCCUGGCACCGUCUGGAUGACGACAACAAGAGUCCCUGAUGAUGAAAGUGGUCAUAUCUCUGAAUCUGUAACCACUUAUACUGAUCCACACAGGACCAAAUAAAUCCAAGAAAUAAAUGGAGUAAAAUACAGAAGAUGUGAAACUUCCAAAUGAUUCGUCUACGGUUCAACAAAAUCCCUCCAGUCAGUAGCACUACAGCACCAACACCUGUAGACCUACAUAAAUUGAAGGGUAGAUUUUUAAUGGUGGGAUGCGCCCCAAAAAGUUGGGCAUCAUAACUCUUCUUCUCUCGGUGGUGAAAGAAAUACCAUAGCAGGCAUCAGCAUUGUCAGAAAACUGAACAUUCUGAUUUGAGCGGGCGAAGCGCAGGAUUUACAAAGAAAAACCACGUGGGGGCUUUUUGCCACCAAAGAUUAGGCAUGAGCAUGUCACAGAUUUGUUGCUCAUGUGAUGAACACGAACCUUAACAAAACAUUCCACAGAAACACCCAGCAAAUGGACGGCAUUUUGGAACGCAAGCACUUUCCUUUUUUCAUUGGCAUCAGAGGUCGUUUGGAUGACGAACACUCGCUGAAUUGUUUUUCUCUCAUCAAUCAUUAUUUUUUCAGUCUUUCUUAAAUUUUUUUCUCUUAUAUUUUUCCUACAUAUGCUAGAUGGCCAUAUACUGUACAUGCUUCAUUGGACUGUACUAUAUGUAUCAUGUACAAAGAUAAAUGUAAUGCAUCUAUCAACGGAUAUCAUUUGCAAACACAAAGACUAAAAAAAGUGUACAGAGCAGCAAGCAGCUUGGACUACAAACUGCCCACACCAUGGAGGGAAAAAACACACUCAAACACACACACACACACACAUGCGGACUACGGAGUAACGCCAUGGAGGAAAAGCAGAACUGUGUGUGUGUUCAUACGAGUGUGUACGCGGAUGAAAUCUUGCCUGUGGAGUUUCUGUAUGGAGAGUAUGAAGCAGGCCUGGUUAUUAAACAGGGUUUUUAUUCAUUUUGGUCUCUGGUGACGGGACCAAAGGACUGUUAAAAACUACAAACAGACCAGAGGGGACCUAGUGGUGUGUAUGUGUGUGUUUGUGGGCUUGUGUGUGUUCAUGUGCGUGUAUAGAGGGAAGUGCCAGGAACAAGACAGAGAAGAAAGAGAGAGAGAAAGAGUGUGCACG